UUAGAGGUUAUGUUAAGAAUUCAAGAAGGAAACGCAAAAGGUCCAAAAAUGUCGAUUUUGAGUAAGGAAGCGUCCAAAUUAGACCGGAAACUGAAGAAAUAUGCUGAGGAUUGUGAAUACUACACCACUCAAGUGGAGGAAACCUUCAAAACAAUGGAUGAAAAGAAUCUCCGGAUGUUCAAUAAAAUCCUCCAACGCAUCACAAAAUGCAUCGGAAAAGCAUUCUCCCUCUUUCGCGAUACCCUGAAGAGGAUUCUCAAGCAGAUGGUGCUGCUCCGGCAUUCGAGUAAGGAUGAGAUUUACGCGCAACUCCUUGACACGCAUAUGGAGACAUUUGCCCUCCUGACACAGGAGUGCAAAGGGCAGUGGGUGACAUUGCGGUGGAUCCUCAAGUGCUGGACAUAUGUCAUCAAGUCCCUGCCCGAGGAUACUGUGCGUGGGAUCGUUAUGAAUCACGUUCAUGAGCUAUACUUCCUCACAAAGAGCCUCCUUGGAGCUGGAGAAUACCGCAAUCAACGCUCAGUUAUGCUCCUCAUCUUCCAGUGUGCUUCUACCAUGACUUCCGGGGAUAUGGAGAAGUUGGCACGGGGGAUCUUCCCGCAGGAUCAACUUUCACGUCUUCGUCGCAUCUUUGGGCAUCAGAAUGACAACACAGCAGAGAUGGGUAUCCGUUUGUGCCUCAAUGAGUACAACAGCCUCCUCACGCAGCCGGAAAUUGUCUCUUUUCCCGUCUCCCACCUUCAGUUGGGAGCCCAAAAAUGUCAAGCCCGGAAGGGGGAAAGCAUCUGGAUAGAUUUUAAUACCUUCCCUCACGCCAUCUCCAUCUACUGCAGCUCUCUGGCUUUCCUGGAUGGCCUCACAGACAGAUUGAUGCUGAUCUACAUCCCCGUGAAGAUCAUUGAUGGUUUCAUCGUCAAUCGGACUCACCAUGAGAUGGAAAUCAUCAUCUUAGCCGAACAGAAGUUCACAGUUGUCGACGUAGAGUCCGGAGAUGUUGAUCAAUUCCUCAAUAUUCUCGAUCUAAAAUGCAACUUCUCGAUUCCGGAUAAGAUUCGCGAUGAUGGUUUUGCAAUGAUUGAGAAAGUUGCACGAAUUGUUUCUUUGAAACGUCGCGUAAAGAAAGAUUCUUGGAAGAAUCUUCCACUUUGUGCGAAGAAAGCAGAUGAGGAGAAUCUUCGGAAUCUCAGUGCGGAGAAGGAUUUGCAGCAGACGGAAUCGAUGAAUUAUGUUAAUAAUAAUUUCACAAAGAUUCUAACUGUUACGCAGAAGGAUCCAAUUGAGCCGCAGCAAUGUAUGAGGAAGGAGGAGACUUGGAAGGCACACAGGACAACUCAAAUGUCUCCUGAGCUAAUGGAUAUUGAUGAGAGUGUUGCAGCAGCAUCUCCAGUUGUCAAUGAAACUGUUUUGGCAGAAGAUUCCGGAGUCUUUAUGAUGAAUCUCUGUGUGACGCCGCCACCGAAGGAUGUUCAGGAACAAGUUCCGGAUGAAACUUUGGAAGAGAUUCCUCCGAAUGUGGUGCAAGCGAAUGAGACACAAAUGUCCUACAGAAGUCCGAUCUAUAAGUCGCCAGGAGCACGUGUCUUCCUAGAAACUGAAGCAGAUGAAGCUGUUUCCGAGGAUUCAGAUGACAAACCUUUGAUAACGAAGGUAAAGAAGCCGGCUUCAAAAGCCAGAGCAAAGAAGGCGAAGAAAAAGAUCGAGAAGAGCCCUCAGGAGGUCCAGAACAGAACUCAGGAGAUCCAGAAGAGGCCUAAAAAGAUCAAGAAGAGUCCAAUUUCUCGCCUAAAUAAGACCAAGACCAGGGGAAGACCUCGAAAGGCAAGGAAGCAGGCAAGCCAGAGCCCCAUUAGCGACGAUUGUGUGCCGAAGGAGGUAGUUAAACCGAAAGAAUCGAGUCAAGAGACAUUUUACAACGGCUACAAGAGUCCAGGAACAGAGAGUGAUGGCUUUGAGAUUAUUGAUCCUCCCCAGAAGUUGCCUGAGCGCAAUUCUUCCGUGAUAAAGCCUGGCAGAUCAUUCCUAUUAGAACUGCCUUCUGCUUAUACGAAGAUUAAUGAUUUGCAGAAAAUUGAAGCCAAGGAAGGGAAGAAUUCACUCCUUGAGAGCCUGAACAGGGAGAAAACUCCAGAGAUCGUUGAAGCCAGGCAAGAGAGUCCCAUCCAUUGGUUAGCUGGUAAGAAGAGAGGAAGAUUUGCCCUCAUUGAGAGUCCAGAUGGAUUGGAAAUUGUUGAGGAGAAUCAAAUGAUUGCUAAGAGACGUCGCUCGGAUGAAGGAUCUGACUCAACGGAUGAUGAGCAAAUUGAAGGCUUGAGGACAACUGUAACAGUUCAGAUUGAGAAUCAUCCGAACUCUGGGGAAGUUGAGACAAAUGAAGACGUUGUGAUGAUUGAUUCGGAGGAAGAUGAAGAAAUGAAGGAUUUAGCCGUUGAAGCGUCGAAGAAUGUUGGAGCAACAGGAAGAGUUGAUGAAGUUAAGUGGGGAAGAUUUAUGGAAGUUAGAGCCAGGAAGAAUGAUGAAGGAUUGAGUGCGAAGGAGGAGGAAUUCAAGACAAGACAGAGACAGGACGAUGUUAUAGCAAAGAGGAAGGAAGACGUCAAGGAAAAGGAGGAAGACGUCAAUGAAAAGGAAAAAUACUUAAAGGCAAGGAAGGAAGACGUCAAGGAAAAGGAGGAAGAUGUCAAGGCAAGGAAGGAAGACGUCAAGGAAAAGGAGAAAGACUUAAAGGCAAAGAAGGAAGACGUCAAGACAAGGAAGGAAGACGUCAAGGAAAAGGAGGAAGAUCUAACAAGAGCCGAUAAGGAGAACGAUAAGAACAUUCCUUGCUACAGGAAACCAGUAAAAGUUUCCCUUCCAAUCGAUGAGCUUCCCGCUUCCAAGACAAAGAAGUCAACAGCUCUUUCAACACUCAGGAAGACUUCUUCGGAUGAAUUUGAUAUUUUCAGCAAUAUUCCCGACAUUUCCAGGACAAUUGAUAAAUUCCUCAAUCGCGAUGAGAAAGAGGAGAAGAAGAACAAAGAUGAGAAGAGGGAGGAAAAGAAGGAGAAUAUUGAUAUUUUUGAUAAACUUCGCUAUGAGAAUUGUUCAAUGGUUGGGCGAAAGAGGAAGCUCUUCAAUCCACUUCAGAAUCUCCAGAAUAGUCAGGAGUUGAAUGCUCCGGAAGAGAAGAAGGCCAAGACGCCUGUUUGGAAGUUCUUCAAGAGUCGCAAUAAUCCCAACAGCUCACCGUCGGACAUUGUGGUUGAUUCGGAACUGAGUCAGGCGAGCAAUGGGACACACUUUGGGGGAAAGAAGUUGAAGAAGAUCGAGAAGAAUUUGACGAAGAUCAACAAGAAGGUGAAGAAGCAGCCUAAACCGGAGGAGCCGACGGAGCUGAAGCCACGGAAGCGCGUUAGCAGGAAGAGAGCUUCACUUCCGAUUGUUAAGAGAUCCGUCAGUGGAAUUGCGGGCAUCAAGGCGGGAGUCUUUGUGGCCAAUAUCACGCCAAACACGUCGAACUUCUUCUUCAACAAUGUGAGUCUUCAGGCUAUGAACAAAACCAAUUAGAUCUCCGAUUAGGGCAGCCAAAAAGAGGGAGGAUCAAGUAAUUUUCUAAUUUUUUUUUAAUUAUUCUUCUAUUCUUCAAUUUAUUAUUCUUGAAAUGAAUUCUUUUCUGUGAAA